CAAUCAUUUUCUUUUUAUGUUUUAUUGCAGGAAAUGAGAGGAAUUGGACGAGGAAGAUGUGGGAGAGGCGGGACUAGCUAUGGUCGUGAAAAUUUUCAAGGACGUGGCAAUUUUGGAGCGACGUCUCAGCCACACAUACAGACCGGACGUGUAUCUGAUGCAUCUGUAGAGAUGGGACAACCAAGUAACCCGAGUCAAGGACCUUUACAGAUCGGACGAGUAUCUACUAACUCUCUCCAAAUACCUUCUUUAGAAACACAAUCAUCACGAAAUGUAGCAGAACCUGUGCAUUGCUCUCCAGAGGCUGAAAAUUGUGCAAUUUCUUCCAGUAAUAAAAAAAGAGGAAGAGGAAGAGGAAGAGGAAAAUACAAAUCUAAAAGUUUAGAGGUAAAAACUAAGUGUGGUGGCAAAAUCAAAAUUACUAUUCCAGAUGACAUUGAUAGAGUAGUAGGUUCUGGGGCUAGAGAUAUUGUUAAUUACUGUAGUUUGAUCAUGAGGAGCACUAUCUCGUUCCAAGAUGGAAAUUGGCAGAAAAUAGUUUUGAAAUACGGAGAAGUAAUGUGGUUAAAGGUCAAGGAUAAAUUUGAAGUUUGCAGCGGGAUGCGAGAACAUAGGUUUCAGGCCUUUGUAAUUAGCACUAUGCAAAGGCUUUUUAGAGCAUGGAAAGCUCGACUCAACAUUAUGUACUCUAAGUACAAUACUAAUGAAGAAAGAUUAUCUCAUCGACCUGAAGAUGUUGAGCUUGAGGACUGGAAAUACCUAAUACGAUAUUUUGGAAGUCCGGAAUUUAAGGUUGCAAGUGAGAGGAACAAAAGAAAUAGAGAUCAUCAAAUAAUUAAGCAUACUUAUGGUACAAAGUCUUUUGCAGAAGUAGAGGAAUCUACGAGAAAUCCUAUUACUGGAGAAUUGGACACACCAGAUAAAGUUUGGGAGAUCCAACAUACACGCAAGGAUGGUAGAGGCGAACUAGUGUGGUUGGAUUCACAAUCCCAACAAAUUCAUGGUCAACUCCAGGAAGUUGUCGCUCAACAACAAUCUGAGGAUAUCGAGCAUCCCAUGACUAGAGAUGAGAUUUUAUCCUCCGUUGUUGGUGAGAGAACAGGCUAUGUUCGUGGAAAAGGAUACGGAAAGAAGCCUCCUAAAAAGAGUAACAUUCAGCAGGCAAACAUAGAGGCCAGCGUGUCUUCUGCUAUUGAUAUUGUGCGUCAAGAGAUGCAAGCCGAGAUGGAUAGGAAGUUGCAAGAAGAACGUGAACAAAUGGCUUCUGAGUUGCGAAGAAAUAUGGAAAUUGAGUUGGAAAGGAAGUUGGCAGAGGAGCGUCAACACGCAAAUGAGGAGCGUCAACACGCAAAUGCAGAAACAGACAAGAGGAUCUCUCUAGAAGUGGAGAAGAAGAUGCAUGAACAAUUUGCUAGUUUCUUGACCAGAAUGCAACAACAACAACAGCAGGGACAGGGCACUUAGACAGUGGUAUCGUUCAAGGAUGGUGUGGAGCAAGGAGUAGUUACAAGGCACUUAAUAUUUUGUCUUUUUUGGGAUAUGUAUAUGCGCACAAUUACAAUGCACAAUGAAGUGUCGGAUAGUAUAUAUAUGUAAUUGACUUUUUAGUAAUGAUAAUAUUUAUAAUAUUCGGCUUGAGAAAU